GGUACGAGGUGCGCUGGUGAAGUGGCGGCCAAUGCAAAUAACAGCAUAUGCGCUGUGGGCGUUGCUUACGAUGCCUUAGUGGGCGGUGUCCGGAUGCUUGACGGGGACGUGACCGAUGCAGUUGAAGCUCAAUCGCUGAGCCUGAACCCAGAUCACAUUGAUAUUUACAGUGCCUCCUGGGGGCCCGACGACGAUGGGAAAACUGUAGACGGCCCCGGCCCUCUGGCGUCGACCGCUUUCAAAGAAGGCAUUCUGAAAGGACGCAACGGCUUAGGUUCCAUUUUUGUUUGGGCAUCUGGAAAUGGUGGACGCGAGCAUGAUAACUGCAACUGCGACGGAUACACCAAUUCCAUGUGGACACUGUCCAUCAGUAGUGCUACCGAAAAUGGACUUGUGCCGUGGUACAGCGAAGCCUGUUCCUCUACGUUGGCGACCACAUACAGCAGCGGUUCAAAUGGCGAAAGGCAAAUAGUGACAACUGAUUUACAUCAUGGUUGUACGUCCACUCAUACUGGGACUUCAGCAUCCGCGCCAUUAGCUGCAGGAAUUUGUGCCCUUGCCUUAGAAGCGAACAAAAUGUUAACCUGGAGGGAUAUGCAGCACAUUGUUGUCAGAACUGCAAGAAAGGCAAAUCUUCAUGCAAAGGACUGGAAAGUUAACGGUGUUGGCCGAAAUGUUAGCCAUUCCUUUGGGUAUGGGCUGAUGGAUGCAGGAGCAAUGGUUCGGUUAGCAAAAAAGUGGAACUCAGCACCUGUGCAGAAGUUAUGUGAAAUACGGUCAAACCAAGCAGAUAAAUUAAUUCCUGCCAAGAGUCAUGUGGAACUGAGUCUGUAUGUUCGUUGUGAAAAUGUUCGAUUUUUGGAGCAUGUUCAAGCCAAACUAACUCUUACAGCCUCCAGAAGAGGAGAUAUUCAUAUAUACUUAACAUCACCCAUGGGAACUCGGUCGACACUCCUCGCCCAGCGUCCAAUAGAUGGCUCUCGUGCCGGUUUCCAAUCUUGGCCUUUUAUGACCGUCCAUAAUUGGGGAGAAAAUCCCGAUGGCCUUUGGAAAUUAGAGGUCCAUAAUGAAGGUCGAUUUUAUGGUCGAGCAACACUAAAAGAGUGGUUUCUGCAUUUAUAUGGAACAACAGAAGAUCCAGAUGGCCCUCUAACAUCAACUGCCACUCCAACCACCGUACCAACUACCACUACUACGACCACAACUGAAGCUACUACAACUACACUCAAACCCAAACCAACUACAUCAAAGCCAAAAACCACAAAACCAAAAAGGCCUCCAUGGCCCAAACCAACAGCUCAGUAUUAUCCUCUUACCUCUGCCAAACCUCGUGAUUACUCUGAUGAAGAGGAAUUCAGCAAAACACAAGAAAAUGGUCUCGCACAAGCCAAUAGGAAAUUAGACAAGCAAGAAACAGGGUCUUGGCUUGAGUUCUCUGUCGGGUCUCAAGAAUCGAGAGUGAAUCUCAGUCGGGCUUCGUACCCCUCGACAGGGACCAGGAGUGCAGGUAGUCCAUAUGCCAUUGCAGAGCCUCUCUUGGUCUGGUCCACUCUCCUAUUUCUGUGCUUGGUAAAGGCCCUUCUGAUGACACCUGCUACCAGACAUUAUCUUCUUGCACCUUGUCCCAUGCCUCCUUAAAGCACCCAUUAAGUCUUCAACUCAUGCACAUCUUUAAAAUUCCAUAUUUAUGGCUAAACACUCUUAUUUACUUCUUCCUGCGAGGAGUAUUAAGGAUCAGUUUUGAGUGAAAAAAAUGUGUACUGUGUUCAUGGACACUAUAUUGUCAUAAAAUGAUAUGUGCGGCACAUCUUCAGUGCUUCUUUUCUAACAAAACUUUCACAGUUUUUCACUGAACUCCAGAAAGACUUAAGUGCACUUUAAAACUGAGAGAGAUACAAGCUUCGUGCAUUAUAUUCUGUCCUUGACUGGUGGUAGUCUGUUAUGCACAUUCUUCUGUAAAUGAUUAGCAUUGCACAUAACUGUUCAUUCGGGAGCAUUAGUUUCUAAAUUUUCAGAUGUCAGUACUGAUUUAGUAGUAAGAAUGUACUAUUGGCGCCUGGAAAUAUAGCUAGAUUAAGAUACUAGAUAUACUUAAAAAGAAGUCCUGUAUUGAGUCAAGUUUAGAAAAUGAAAGAAACUGAUAUAUUUCAGAAAUAUGUUUUAUCUGUGAUGAGAGCUGAGUACUUAUAAUACGUUAUUGUCUACGUUCUUGACUUAAUCUAGUUAUAUAUCCAGGCAUGCAGUGUGAAUAGCAUUAUGCUAGUGAAUGUUGUAAACAUUUAAAAAUGGGCAAAUGUGAAAUACAUGAGAAGUAUAUGAAAUUUCCUAAUGAAUAGUAUAUGUAUAUUUAUAUGUUUUAUUUCUCGUAAUCAUGGCAGUUAAUCAUAUUUUUGAUACAAUUUAUCAAUUUAUGCAUUUAUCUACUUAGUAUUGUUGAAGUUUGUAAUAGUGGUUAAUGCGUUUAAACAUCUCGUGACUGUCAUACAAGUUAAGGAAUUGUAUGUGCUAUUCCAUAAACAUAUUAUAUUAUUCUUUUAAAUGUAUUUUGUAUUGAAAACAAAUAGUCUGUGUUAAAAAUACUCGGUAAGCUAGUCGUAAAUACCUCGACAAAAAUAUUUCACAGUGCUUCAAGCAGAUAUAGUUCAUUUUUUAUAUUUUCAUUAUUUGUUAUAUUAAAAAUAUUUUACAUAAAAUGGGCAAUAUGAAACUGCUAUCGAAUUUAGUUUUUGUAUUUUAUCUUUCAUUGAAUUUUUGUAUUAACAAUUGUUUGCUCAGCUUAUACAAUAUAAAAUUUACAUGUGUAAAAAUUAUAAGCAAUUUUAUUAAUAAGACAAGGGGACAACAAACUGAAACGUUUUAGUUAUGUUGUGUACAAUUUUUAAUGAGAUUAACUGUUUUUUAAGAAAAGCCUGUAUAUUCAGUAAUCGUGUCGUAUGUGUCUUUCAAGUCGUUCACUGAAAUGUAUUGUGUUUUAUCAUCCGAAUUAGUAUUAUCGCCAUUUAUUGAUUACUGAACUUUAGAUAAAGCUAUAAAGUGAAACCAAUCUUACCGGUUAUGUAUUAAAAUGGUAUGACAUACUAUAAUUAUAUUCUGGAGAAGUUGUAUUCAGAACUCAUAGUGCGGUCAAUUUUUAGCAGUAUUAUAAUAUUAUUAGAAUGUUAUAGGAAUUUGAAUUUUACAGACUCUGUAAAUAUAGGUGUAAAUUUAUAUUUUCAUUAUAUACUUCUGUAUUAUAGAGAACGAAAUGGGUAAAUUUAUUUACAUAUUAUAUAAUUAUUAAUGCCUGAAAUCGAAGUCACAAAUCUCAGGGUUUAUAAAUGUAUAUUUUUUGCAAGAACUCAAGGAUCUGUACAUUUAGCUUUAAUAAGUAUUUAUUUCAGUUUGUUAAUUAUACCUCUCCUCCAAUUUACAUCAGAUACUUUUAGGGAAAGGCAAAACAUUCGUUCAUUCAAGUAUUUUAUAAUAUGCAGACUGUAUAGAAGCGCAUGAGAAACAUGCUUGUUUGGAUUAGAUUCGCUUCCUUGGAUACUCAGAAAGGAUAUCAUUUACUAAAAUUAAUUGAAAAUAUGAAAACCUAAAAUGUGGUUACUAUUGAUUUUAAACAAUAAUAAAUUUCUUAGCUUCUUAAGUUCUUCAUGCUUUCUAUAUUGUUAAUUUGCUUCAGCUAUAUCGAUUCAAGCUUAAGAGAUUUCAGGGAUCGAGAGUUUCUGAUGAUGUUAACAAAUAUAUUUUUUAGACUUUUCCCGAAUUUUUAUCUUACAGUUAUUGUUUCCUUGAAACAUUCUUCUUUAAUACUUUUAAAUUUAAAUUUUUUCAAUUUUCUUCAGCAAUAACAGAAUGAAAGGACUUUUCUGUAGCACAUUUAUAGUUUUAGAAAUAAGGAAAAAAAAAAACCUCUUGUUUCCAAAAUUUUAACCUGAGUGUGAUAUAUUAAUUUAGAUUACAGAUGCAGUGUACGAAGUAUGAAUUUUGCGUAAUUUAUUAAGUGAGGGUUUUAUUGAAAAAAGACAAACAUAAGGCAUUCUUACUAAUUUACUUUUUUUAUUCUUGUAUUUAAAUUAUUUUAUUAUUUUUAAUUUUCAAAGUAUUACAAAUUAUAUUUCAAUUUGCAAAUUUCUGACGUAAAAAGAACAAUAUUUUUUUUUCCUUUUUUUAUGUUAUAAUGAUUCUUCUAUGUACAUGUUAAGUGUGCAGUUUUUUGUAUUGUAAUGUAAUUAGUUUUAUUUUACCUAUCGAGUAAAUUGAAGGGAAGGUGUACUUUGUUUAGGAACAACAGAUAUGCUGUUGAAUGCUUUGCACAAUUUUCUGUAUGUCUUUCCUUAUUAUUUUCCAUUUUUUUGUAUAUAUUUAUUUCUGCUGUUACUUGGACUUUCUGUUUUAAAUUUUGUGAUGUUUUCUAUGAAAUUAUUAUCUGUAAUUUUUUAAGUUAUGUAUUCUAUAUACAUUACCACUUUUGAUUAAUAAAAAUAGUUAUUAUAACUAC